CUUCAACUCAUAUUACAGUCCAGUUUUGCGUACCAAUUAGUACCGCAAACGUGAUAUACUUUCACAAGUGAUUCUUCAGUCUUCACUCGACUUUUGAGCCAGAUGGAGUUCGAAGACAAAGUUGUGGUUAUAACGGGCGCUAGUUCAGGCAUUGGGGCAGCGUGUGCAGUUGAAUUUGCCAAACUAUCAGCAAAACUUUCUUUGAUUGGUAGGAAUAAGGAGAACCUAGCCAAAGUGUCCGACCAGUGUCAAAAAAUAAAUGGCUUGACAGCAUUAAUUGUAACGGCUGAUAUUAGUGUGAAAGAUGAUGUAGAUAGAAUAGUGCAAGAAACCAUAAAUUACUUUGGGAAAAUCGAUAUUUUAGUCAACAACGCAGGCAUGUGUGUCAUGGCAAAAACGCAAAAUGGAAUUGAAGCCUUCGACCGUGUCAUGGGAAUAAAUGUUCGAGGCACCUUUCUUCUUACGGAUAAAAUUAUUCCAUAUUUAAUUCAAUCCAAGGGUAAUAUUGUAAACAUUUCCAGCAUACUGUCAACGAAACCUAUAUCGUCUAUGACAGCAUAUUGCAUGUCGAAAGCUGCAAUCGACAUGUUUACAAAGUGCGCUGCUUUAGAAUUAGGAUCCAAAGGAGUAAGAGUCAACUCCGUUAAUCCUGGUGCAACAAGGACGAAUAUAUUCUUGUCAGCUGGUCUGAGCAAAGAAGAAAAUGAGGAAAUAUUUCAAUUAUAUGGAACAGCAGCUCCGCUUAAGAAAGUUACCCAAGCUGAGGAUGUAGCCAACAUCGUAGUGUUCUUAGCAAGUAAUAAAGCUAAAUGUGUGACAGGAAGCAGAUAUAUUGUGGAUUGUGGAGCACUUAUUUCCGAGGAUAUGACAAAUUAAUUUUAAUAUGUAACAAACCAUUUUAUUUUAAUAACAAAGUCAUUAAAUUUUCGAUGGACAGUAAAUUAUAUUAUUCAUGUAAAACAAACAGCUCACGUCAGUAAUAAUUAUAUAACUUAUCCUUCU